AUAUGGCCAAGACCAUCCCUCUCCCUGGAAGUAAGUGUGUGCUGCUUUAUGGCCCUUCUUGGGACUCCUUCCUCCAGGGCAGAAGGCUGGAAUGGAGGACAGGGCCUGGGCAAGGAGGACGCAGAGGGCAGGGGCUCCAGCAUCAGCAUCAUCACCAGCAGCAUCAUCGGAAGAGGCGGGGCCUGAGCCUAAGAGCCGGGAAGGAUGGCCCUGGAAGAACAAGAGGAGGAGCAGCAGAAGGAGAAGGAGCAGGAGCUGCAGCCCCAGUCCAGGGGCUCUGCUGGGAGUCAGGGCCAAGGAGGGCUGCUGAGCAGAAUCGUGAAAGGUUGUUUCAUCCCAAGUGAAGGAUGGUGGUGCUACGGCAGUUUGGGUUUCUUCUUUGGAAGAACUAUAUCUUGCAGAAGCGACAGAUUUUGGUCACCGUCAUCGAGAUCUGCCUGCCUCUCUUGUUUGCUGCGAUCCUCAUUGCCCUUCGCCACCGCGUGCAUUCAGUCAACUACCCCAAUGCAACCGUUUACCAAAUGAAGACGUUGGAUACCUUGCCUGACUUCUUCCGUCACUGGCAUCCCAGGCCCUGGGAGCUGGCCUACGUCCCUUCUAACAACACAGCCGUGGAGAGCAUCGCAGAAGCAGUGGAGGAGGCCCUGCAGAUCGCACGGGUUGAUAUCAAAGCUCGAGGUUUCCUAUCUGAGAAAGAUUUUGAAGAUUAUAUCAGAUUUGAUAACCAUUCAGGCAAUGUGUUGGCUGGAAUUGUUUUUGAGAACUGCGUUGCUCACAGCCAGGAACCUUUGCCGCUCCAGGUUAGUUACCGCCUGCGUUUCAAGUACAGCCCUAGGAAUGCUCCUCAGAGUGAGCAGACAGGUCUGAACCCCAACUUGGACCGGGACUGGCAUACCAGCUACCUCUUCCCACUGUUCCAGCUUCCAGGUCCAAGAGAAGCCAAAUCCGACGAUGGAGGAACACCAGGGUACUACCGGGAAGGAUUCUUGUCCGUUCAACAUGCUGUGGACAAGGCGAUCAUCCAGUACCACACAAAUGCCUCUGCCACUGAUCUUCUCAAUAGGAUCACUGUGGUGGUUCAGCGCUUUCCCUACCCACCUUAUGUCAAUGAUCUCUUCCUCCUGGCUAUUCAGAACCAGCUUCCCCUCCUCCUUAUGCUGAGUUUCACCUAUACAUCGCUAAACAUCGUCCGUGCCGUGGUCCAUGAAAAGGAGAAGAAGCUGAAGGAGUACAUGCGCAUGAUGGGUCUCAGUAACUGGCUGCAUUGGAGUGCAUGGUUCCUUAUGUUUUUCCUCUUCCUCUUGGUGUCCAUCUUCUUCGUCACUGUACUCUUCUGUGUCAAGGUGAGUGAGCAAGGUGCAGUACUUACAAACAGCGAUCCAACUCUGGUGUUCACCUUCCUGACAGUUUUCUCCAUCUCCUCCAUUGCCUUCAGCUUCAUGGUCAGCACGUUCUUCUCCAGAGCAAAUGUGGCGGCGGCUGCUGGAGGAUUCCUCUAUUUUUUCUCCUACAUCCCAUACUUCUUUAUUUCUCCCCGUUACGACCUCAUGAGUCACAACCAGAAGCUUUCUUCCUGCCUCAUCUCCAAUGUCGCCAUGGCCAUGGGGGCACAACUCAUUGGCAUGUUUGAAGGGAAAGGCACUGGAGUGCAGUGGAGGGACCUUAUGAAGCCGGUCAGUGUGGAUGAUAACUUCACUGUGGCCCAUGUGCUGGGAAUGCUGCUCCUCGACUCCGUCUUGUACGGCUUGGUGGCUUGGUAUGUGGAGGCUGUUUUCCCAGGAGAGUAUGGCAUCCCACAGCCCUGGUAUUUCUUCAUAAUGCCUUCGUAUUGGUGUGGGAGUCCUCAGACAGUUUUGGGAAAGGAGAAAGAAGAGGAAGAGGAUCCAGAGAAGGCUCUGAAAAGUCAAUACAUAGAGGAAGAACCAUUGGACCUGGUCUCAGGCAUCAAAAUUAAACACCUCUCAAAGGUAUUCAAGGUGGGAGGCAAGACCAGGGAGGCCGUGCGGGACCUGACCCUCAAUAUGUACGAGGGACAGAUCACAGUGCUUUUGGGGCACAACGGUGCUGGGAAAACAACCACUUUGUCCAUGCUGACAGGGCUGUAUCCUCCUACAAGUGGCCAGGCAUACAUCAAUGGGUAUGAGAUUUCUCAGGACAUGAUACUGAUCCGAAAAAGCCUUGGCCUUUGCCCCCAGCAUGAUGUCCUUUUCGAUCAAAUGACAGUGGAAGAACACCUGUACUUCUAUUCUGGGCUGAAAGGAUUCCCUGUGGAGAAGUGCCCAGAGGAGAUCAGCCGCAUUCUGCAUAUCCUCAACUUAGAGGAGAAACGCUUCUGUCUGUCGAAGGCACUUUCUGGGGGGAUGAAACGGAAGCUCUCUAUUGGCAUUGCACUCAUUGGGGACUCCAAGGUGGUGAUGCUGGAUGAGCCGACCUCAGGCAUGGACCCCGUUUCUCGCCGAGCCACCUGGGAUCUUCUACAGCAGCAGCGGAGUACGCGCACCAUCUUGCUCACGACGCACUUCAUGGAUGAGGCCGAUCUCCUGGGGGACCGCAUUGCGAUCAUGGCUAAGGGGGAACUCCAGUGCUGCGGGUCUUCCCUCUUCCUCAAACAUAAAUACGGUGCAGGAUACCACAUGGUGAUGGUGAAAGAGCCAUACUGUAACCUUGGAGAGAUCUCCCGUCUCAUCCAUCAUUAUGUCCCCAAAGCCACCUUGGAAAGCAAUGCUGGAGCAGAGCUCUCUUUCGUCCUUCCCAAAGAAAGUACACACAGGUUUGAGGCUCUUUUUACAGAGCUGGAGUUACGGCGAGAAGAGCUGGGCAUUGCCAGUUACGGAGCCUCAGUCACUACCAUGGAGGAGGUUUUCCUUAGGGUUGGCAAGCUGGUAGAUUCCAGCAUGGACAUCCAAGCCAUCCAGUUGCCGGCUCUGCAAUACCAGCAUGAGCGGCGCUCCAAUGACUGGGCUAUGGACGACUCCAGCAGCAUGAGUGGGAUGACAGACAUGACAGACGACAGUGGGGCUCUCAUCACGGAAGAUUGCUCCAGCAUUAAGCUAAACACAGGGUUCUACCUCUGCUGCCAGCAGUUUUAUGCCAUGUUCAUGAAGAGGGCUGUAUACAGUUGGCGCAACUGGAAGAUGGUGGCAGCACAGUUCCUGGUGCCUCUGAUUUUUACUGCCUUUGCCCUUAUUGUAGCCAAGACUUUUCCCGGGCCUCGGGACUCUCCCUUGCUAAAGCUGACUUUAAAUCCGUACGGCCGAACAACAGUGCCUUUUUCCACAUCGCAAGGCUCCAGCUUGGCCCAGAGGCUAGCGGCACAGUAUCAGGAGAUAGUUGAAGCUCAGCACCAAGGACCAUUGGAAGUGGUGGGCAACCUGCAGGAAUACCUGAUUUCUCGAGCAUCUGACGAAGGCGGUGCCUUCAACGAACACUACAUUGCAGCUGCUUCUUUUGAAGAAACCCAGGACCAAAUGCAAGUCACGGCUCUCUUCAACAACCAGGCGUUUCACUCUUCUGCUGCGGCACUGCUGCUGGCAGACAACGCUUUGCUGAAGCUGCUAGUUGGUCCAAAUGCUUCCAUCACUGUGGCUAACUACCCACAGCCUCGCAACGUCACUGAGACAGCGAAGGACCAGCUCAUGGAAGGCCAGACGGGAUUUGCCAUUGCAAUCAACUUACUCUAUGGGAUGGCUUCCUUGUCCAGCACCUUUGCACUCCUCUUGGUCAGCGAGAGGGCCAUCAAAGCAAAGCAUGUCCAGUUUGUCAGCGGAGUCUAUGUUAUCAAUUUCUGGCUUUCUGCUCUUCUGUGGGACCUCAUCAACUUCCUCACGCCUUGCGUGCUCAUGCUGGUGAUUUUCCAAGCAUUUGACGUGAAAGCUUUCACCCAAGACAGCCAUCUUGUAGACGUGAUGCAGAUUUUUCUCCUUUAUGGUUGGGCUAUCAUCCCCCUUAUGUACCUCCUCAGCUUCUUCUUUUCUGUGGCUUCCACAGCCUACACACGCCUCACCAUCUUCAAUAUCCUUUCUGGCACAGCAACGUUCCUAGCCGUCACUAUCAUGAGCAUUCCAGCACUUGGCAUGGUGGAUCUCUCAAGACUGUUGGAUAAAAUAUUUUUGAUCCUGCCCAACUAUUGCUUGGGACAAAGCAUCAGCGAAUUCUAUCAGAAUUACGAGUUUAUUCAGUUCUGUACCUCCUCUUUUGAGGCUGCUGUCAUCUGCAAAGUGUUUAAUAUUACUUUCCAGCCCAAUUACUUUGCCUGGGAGAACCCUGGGAUAGGCAAAUACCUGACUGCUAUGGCUUCACAGGGUCUUUUCUUUAUCCUUCUCCUGUUCCUCAUUGAGACCAACCUUCUUUGGAGACUGAGAAAUCUUCUCUGCGGAAUGCAUCGGAGGCGAAAAUGGGUCAUGCUGUUGAAUAGAGUCCCUGUAUUACCAGAGGACCGGGAUGUGGCAGAUGAGAGGAAGAAGGUUUUAGAAUCACCAACAUCAUCACUUUCAUCCUUGAAUAGUCCUCUUGUCAUUAAAGAACUUACCAAGGUGUACAGCAGCAGGGACUUGUGCCUAGCUGUGGACAGGAUCUCUCUGGCAGUCAACAAGGGUGAAUGUUUUGGCCUCCUUGGCUUCAAUGGGGCAGGCAAGACCACCACCUUUAAGAUGCUGACAGGGGACGAGAGCAUCACGUCAGGAGACGCUUAUGUGGAUGGGCACAGCAUUUUGGCAAAUAUCAAAAAGGCCCAGCAGCGGAUUGGCUAUUGCCCUCAGUUUGAUGCCCUUUUGGACCACAUGACUGGGAGAGAGACCUUGAGCAUGUAUGCCCGACUGCGGGGCAUCCCAGAGCGUUACAUUGGCAGCUGUGUGGAGAACAUGCUCCGAGGUUUGCUGUUGGAGCCCCAUGCAAACAAGCUUGUCAGGACAUACAGUGGUGGCAACAAGCGGAAACUGAGUGCCGGAAUAGCCCUGAUCGGUGGCCCACCUGUCAUUUUCCUGGAUGAGCCCUCCACUGGCAUGGAUCCAGUGGCCAGGCGCCUGCUGUGGGAUGCGGUGGCAAGGACACGGGAGUGUGGCAAGUCCAUCAUUAUCACUUCUCACAGCAUGGAGGAAUGUGAGGCCUUGUGUACCAGACUGGCCAUCAUGGUGAAUGGGCAGUUCAAAUGCUUGGGCAGCCCUCAGCACCUGAAGAGCAAAUUUGGCAGCGGGUACACACUACUGGCAAAAACCCACAGCGAUGAGGAGAACAACCUGCAAGCCUUCAAGAUAUUUGUGGAGAAAACUUUCCCAGGGAGUGUCCUGAAACAUGAGCACCAGGGCAUGGUUCAUUAUCACCUCACCAAUAAGAACCUCAGCUGGGCACAGGUGUUUGGGGCCCUAGAGAAAGCCAAAGACAAGUAUUGCGUUGAGGAUUAUUCUGUCAGCCAAAUCUCCUUGGAGCAAGUCUUCAUGAGUUUCACGCGUUUCCAGCACUAUACGGAGGAUCGAGGGAAAUGAGCCUCUUCGCUGACUCCGCAAACUGACCUGCUGCCUAUAUAUAUAGUAUACAUAGAGACAGUAAUUUAUAUCUCAACCACCGUCUUCAACAAUGCAUUCAAGGAUGGGCAUUCUUGUCAGCCAGCAGCGGGCAGGAGGUACCGCCUAUGCCAUGGCACCGGAGUCAGGACAGUGUGCAGGGGUGUGCCUGUCUGUCAAUGUGUACGUUCGCAUGUGCAAGGAGGCAUGGGAAGGGGAAAUGAAUGCCUCCUUUUUGAGGCAGGUGUGGGCAUCUUACAGCUUUCACUCCAUUUUAAAGUCAACAAGAGGAGACAAUGCUCCAUUGCCACUCAGGUUGUUACUUGGUGGUCCCAUAGUGACUGGUGUGACUUGGCAUAUUGGGCACAAAGAUACCGUCCAUUUUGCAUCCUCUCUGCCAGUGCUUCCACUGGGUCAGUCUCUCUGUCAUUGACCCUAGCGUGCCCCUUGUAUGGGGUGUUGGCAACGCACACAUCUGUAUGCCUGCGACCCAUGUCUGUAUGUACAAAAUUCCAUCCAUCUGGGCUCUGCCAUUCCCUGUUCACUUCCGUUGGAUGGCAAAGAAGCAAGAAGGGAGCACAUGGGAAAUACAAAACCAACCACAUUCCCCAGUCUGGGGCUGCAUCACUUCCGGGGUACUGGAUCUUACAGACUGGGGUGGGCUUCCUUUUUCUUUUCAAGACAUGGUGAGACUGCAUGUACUGCUGCGGCCCAUGUAGGAGGAAUAGCACAGGGGCCAUUCUUGAAGGAGGUCCCACUAUGUCUAUAGCUGCAUAUUUCUACACCCAUUUCCCUCUUCUGUUAAUUCAGAAUCUCAUUCACAUUAGGAAGCCAUGGACAAGGCUCACAAUGCUGAGGUUUAGACCAAGAGUUCUUACGCUUUGAUCUGCCAGAAAUUUCAGCUCCCAGAAUCCCCACCCAGCAUACCAAUGGUGAGGAAGUCUGGAAAAGGCCAAAGUUUGAGAACUGCUAGUUUAGAGAGAUGUUGUUUGGUAGCUUAGAAUCAAAAGGUUCACAUGUCUAGGGAUCUUUGAGGAGAAGCCGUACUUAGCUGCAAAAAAAAAAUGAAAUGACCGUUUGGGCAAGCCUAUGCUGGCUGCUCUUGCACAGUUUAUAGCAGCUGCAUAAUUUAGGCAAUCUAGUACCCUCUAUACAUUUGGAACUAGAUCUUCCAUCAACCUCCGCUAACAUGUCAGGGAUUGUGGGAGUUGUAAUCCAAAAGAGUGAAGCCUGCGCUAAGUGAUCUGUCAAGCUGUUUCUGAAAGCUUAGUGACCAGUCUCAUCAAUCUUUUAUGAGACCUGAUGCCAACUUUGCCAAGCAUCUAAACUUAGGUGUGGCUGAAGACACCCCAUCAGGUAGGCAGAUCAUCUGACACAUUGUUCGGCAUCAAAGGCACUUGGGCAGGUUUGGCGACAGCGCCUGACCAUCCUGUGCCAGAUGAACAUGUCCCAUCGCCUUGUUCUCCCUCAAAAUUUGCACAGAACUGAACAGAAACAUGCAUCCAUAUAUAUUAAGAGGGGCUUAAAUCCUUCCAGAAGAGCCCCUGUUUGACAAAAAGAGAAUUGUCAAUUCUUGGCUCAUCCAUAGCUGCCAAGCAGCAUCAUGCUAGGCACUGGCCAGGCUGAGGGUGAUGGGAGUUAUAGUCCAUAUGUUUCAGGGGGAGGCCAAGUUGAGGAGGGCUGGUUAAAGUGCUGCAUUGCCCUGGUAGGAGGACUGC